AUGCCGACACGAGAAACAGCGUCUGCACACACGUCUCCAGAUGAGGACCGGAGGAGCAGACAUCCAGCCGUAGAAGACAGCCAAACAGAAGCUUCUGGAGUCGGGCCAUCCAUCAGCCCCAUCGUCCCAGUCCGGUCGCGUCGCUCGGCUCUCGACUCCCAGUGCGGCCUGCGCUCCAUCCUGCUGCAGGUUCGAGACCUGGGGCUGGGCUACGACUCGGAUGAGACCGUCUUAUUCAAGUACUGCAGCGGGACGUGUCCCCACGUUCGCUCCAACCACGACCUCACGCUCGCCAACCUGAUGCUCAGUGGGGUGCUCUCCCACCCAGCCCCGGGGCAGCUGUGGCAUAACUCCCCCUGCUGCAGGCCCACCCACCACGAGGACAUGGCCUUCCUCGAUAACUCGCACCGCUGGCACAAGGUGGAGAAGCUGUCGGCCGCGGGCUGCAGCUGUGUGGGCUAG